AUGCUUCGAUGUCUCGGGCACGCGGACGUUCACGACAUCAUUUUUGGCUCAAAUGUGGCCAAUGUCGAUACCACCGAUGAUCAAACUUUCGACGUACAGAAAGUGCGGUUGGCGAUUCGUUUGGCGGAUGCGAAGAUUACUGAGGUUCUUGAGCGGUUUCUUCCAGUUGUUGUCGUGACUGUUGAGCCCUUGUGUCGUACUAAUUGGCUGAGGUUGAGCAAACUCAUUCUGCAAGAGCUGAGGAGAUACACUAAGAUGUUCUUGGAGGUUGAGUUCCAUCCUGUCUAUCAGGAGGAUCAGGCGAAGCAGGAGGGGAAUUGA